AUGGAGUUCAAAACCACGUACCACUCCCGCAGCCAACACGCCGAGAAGAUUGAGCCGUGGGACAAGUUUCGCAACACGACACAUCCGCUCCCAGCAUCUAACUAUGAAACAUCGGAACCCUGGCAACCCUUCAAAUCGCGUGCCGACUGCGAGUUCGCCUCCAUUGCCAUUGACGGGGAGUUUUCGAAGGACACUGUGGAUCGUUUGUUGGGCCUCAUGCGCAGAGUGGAGUCAGGGACUGCAAAAGUAUCUUUCAAAAACGACGACGAACUGCGAUCGGUGUGUGACAAAGCGGCCGAGGAACUGACUCCUAUCGAAAAACACACUAUCGAUGUACCUUACAAGAAGACAAGUAUACCAGUAGACGUGCACAAGCGAGACCUCUGGAAAUGGGCAAAAGAGCUUCUCGACAAUGAGUCGCUCGCACCAUAUUUCGAAUGGGAUGCACAGAAGAUAUAUAAACGAGACAACUGCUCUGGGACAUUUACACGGCUCUAUGACGAGCCCUGGACAGCGGACCGGUGGUGGAAAAUACAAACUGAUCUACCGGAUGUACCUGACGCCGUCCCUGCGCCGUUCUCUAUACUUCUCUAUGCCGACAAGACGAGGUUAUCGUCUUCUGGAACGGUGCAGGGCUAUCCUGUGAUAGCAAGGUGCUGCAAUCUUCCAUCUGACAUCCGCAACGGGAAUGGUGUUGGGGGUGCACGCGUUGUUGGUUGGUUACCUGUCCUCAAAAACGAUCCCGAGAAAGAAGGCAAACGGACGUAUACUGACUUCAAACGCGUUGUGUGGCACGAGGCUUUCAGGAACUUUUUGUCAGAUAUAGAAGUGUACUCCGAAGCCGGCCUAUUUCAUCAUUGUCACGAUGGAAUAAAUUGUGUACUAUUCCCGGUAAUAUUGAUGCUUUCAGCCGAUUACGAAGAGCAAUGUAUCAUGUCGCUCAUCCGUGGGCCCAAGGGCAAGUGCCCAUGUCCCGUCUGUCUCAUACCAAAAGAUAACCUUCACGACUCUCAAACGACAUACGAGCGCCGCACACCUCAACAAGGGCGCGAUGCAAUGGCCACAUAUACUAAUGUCAGUAAGGGCGCCGGUGAGCAGGAGUUGAAGGGAUAUGGCUUGCGACCAGGCAAGAACGUUUUCUAUGAUAUAAAACACUCAAAUCCACACGAAGCGCUGUCAUUCGACCGCUUGCACUUCUGCCACGGUGGCUUGUUCGGGCGACAUUUUCUCCCUGAGCUUCAGACUAUAAUCAAGCAUGUUAGCAGUACAAAGGCCGGAGGAACGAUGGGUAAAUUCGAUGAACACUUUGAUCGGAUGCCCCGAUGGCGAAACUUGAAUCAUUUUAGUAACGCGGUAAACACGUCUUUCUCAGAUGGUAACAAAUUCAAUGACAUGUCAAAGCAAAUCCUGUUCGCUGCGCAGAGCCUCUUGACGCCAAGUACAUCGCCGGAAGGAUAUGCUUUGCUUCUAUUGAUCAGAAGCUAUUUGGAGGUUGACUGUUAUAUCGGCCUUGAUGUUCACACAGAAGAAACGCUCAGAGCCGGCGAAGCUGAGCUCGGAAGGUUCAAUAAACUCAUGGAGGAUUAUAUUGAACUUGCUCAAAAGUCCGAUAUACCCGAUCUCAAGCUCGACUGGAACUUCCCCAAGGCUCACUACUUCAAGCACGCCUUCGAAGAUAUUCGAAACAAAGGCGCGAGCCGUAACUACAGCACCCGUCCAAACGAGGGAGUGCAUUCUCUUCUGAAGGCUGCGUACGGCCGUACGAACGGAAAAAAUAUUGCUGAUCAGAUUUUGCGAAUCGAUCAGCAUAGGCUCGCUAUAGACCUCCUCUUCAGUCGUAUACAUGAGUACGAGGCGGUGGUCUCGGCUCAAGACCACUCUGAAGAUAACGAUGAAGGUGAUGAAUAUAGCGCGUUCCGGUCUUGUCCAGAAAAAUUCUACAUUGGGUCACCAAAGCCUGCAGCUACUAUCCAGGAGAUACAAGCAGCUAAUCCCAAUAACGAUGCACUUAAACAACUGCCACACGCACUACAGACCUUCGUAAACUUCAGACUACCGAACUAUUCUGGAAUGGAGAUGUAUAGAGAGCAGCGAGACUGGUGGCAGACGAUUACUCGUAGCAAUAUGCUCAACGAAUUCCGAUUCCUCAAAGUCAAUUAUGAAUCCCUCGAGCAUUGGCGCCAGUGCACUGACUAUCUACGAUGUCAUCCGUUGUUCCACGGUCACCCCCGUUAUGACUGUGCACUUGUGCAGAUAUCCGAUGACGAACAGGUUUUUGUACGUCUUGUUAUCAUCUUCAAGGUUGUACUUCCCGGUUUGUCAGAACCACUUUCUCUGGCGCUUGUACACCCGUAUACCAGAGGUCUCCCGGGCCUGGCAAGGAAAGUCGACAAGGACCUUGGGUUUAUUCGCGUGAAGGCAGCACCUCCAAAAUCCGCCAUUGUAAUCCCACUUGAUUCAAUAGUCCGAGGAGCAAUGCUUAUUCCCGACUUCAAAACGACAAACGAGUUCCUUGUCAACAAGUACAUUGACGGAGAUAUGUUUCUUCGCAUGCAAGAAUGGAACCAAUAA